GAAACGGUCUUCGUUAAUGGCGACAGAGUUCUCAUACCGAUCUUCUGUUCUUCAGAGAUCCCUCCAUUCCUCCUCCACCAAUCUUCUGAGUGUGAGAACUUGAGAAGUGAAAAGAGCUAGAGAGAGAGACUUACAGAGGGAGAGACAAAUUGGGUGAUGUCUUUUGACGGAGACGAAAAGCAAUGGAAAUGUGGAAAGGCCGUGACGGUGAAUCUACAGCGAGUCAGUUCUAUUGUUCGCGACAUUGGGGAGCCUUGUCUUCAUCAAUCACCUAUAAAGAUAAGCAAAAUGCUUAAGCCAGAGAAGUGGCAGGCAAUCUUUGAUAGUGACGGAAAGGUUUUUGGUUUUCGGAAAGCAUUGAGAUUGAUUGUUUUGGGGGGCGUGGAUCCAUCCAUAAGGCCAGAGGUUUGGGAAUUUCUUCUUGGUUGUUAUACUUUGGGUAGCACUGCAGAAUAUCGAAGGCAAUUGAGGACCGCUCGGAGGGAACGUUACAGGGACCUUAUUAAACAAUGCCAAAUGAUGCAUUCAAGCAUAGGAACUGGUUCUCUUGCCUAUGUUGUGGGUCUAAAGUCAUGGACAUGA